GAAAAAUAACUGAAUGAAGAAUCAAAUUUGGUAGCGAAAAAAAAGUUUAAAACCUAUUUCGGUUCAGCUGGCAAGUAUCGAAUUGACGGCAAGAGGAAAAAGAAAGAGAAACGUUUUUCUUUUUUGUUUUUGAUCAACAAUUCGAAAAAUAACGUCACGUCUCAUUGAUUAUGAAGAGAGCACCGCCUCAUCAAACCUAUGGAAUGAAUAAGGCAAAUGAAAAAUUUUUAAUAUUAAUGGCUGCCCAACGAUUGAUUCGUACCGAUAAUGGUGAAGAAAUUAAUAAAUCACAAGCACGAUUGAUGGACAAUAAAGGUUUAGAACGAAUGAAAAAUGAUAAAAAUUUAUCGAUUGAACGUAGAUUGGUAUUAAUGUUACCAUUUUCGAAUGUCAGUAAAGUUGUUGAUCGCGUAUAUCUGGGAGGCCUAGCAGCCUUGACAGUCGAGAUUUUUCUUCUCCAUUCUAUAAAAUUAGUCAUAAAUGCUACACAUGAUUUACCAUUAUUGAAAGAAAGUGAUGUUGAAUCAUAUCGUGUACCCGUGAAUGAUGAAAUUACCGGUGAUCUAUUGAUGUAUUUUGAUGAUGUUUCCGAUAUGAUUCAUGAAUUUUUACAAAAAAAUCCUACUGAUAGUGCCAUUGUACAUUGUAUGGCUGGCGUUUGUCGAUCAGCAACAUUAAUUAUGGCUUAUCUAAUAAAAUAUCAUAAAAUGACGACUAGAGAUUCAUUUAAAUUAAUUAAAACAAUACGACCAUUCGUACGACCUAAUAUUGCAUUCGUUGGACAAUUAAUGGCAUUUGAGGAAAAAUUAAAUGAUUAUUGUACAACUAAAAUAACAAAAAUUUAUUUUGACAAUAGCCUAGUACGUAUGCCAAAUUUUUAUGAAACUGAUCAUCCAGAUUUAUAUAAGCUUGAAAUACGUAAACAAACUGGUUCAUAG